AUGUGUAUCUUAAAAAUCAAAAUGACUUCAAGUGAUGGUAUGAAUACGACGAUAACAAUUGCCGACAAAAUGAAUUAUAUAUUGAGCCAGUAUUGGAUCGAUGAAACCGAUGAACGACUUAAAGGUUAUCCACUAAUCUCUGGAGGACCGGAACACAUCCUAACGAUUAUGUUAUUAUGGCUUUUAUUUGUCACUAAAUUGGGGCCAAAACUUAUGAAAAAUCGAGAGCCGUUUGUUUUGCGCGAAAUUCUUAUGAUUUAUAACUUUAUAUUAGUUGUAAUCAACGUUUACUAUAUAUACGCGUCCUUAAAGUGGUUAGAGUUUGGCCGCAAGUCUUGGGACCCGAAACUACCCGAAGAGUGGUCUGAGAAAGCGAUCGCCGAAAUACCAGAGAAAGCGAUUUAUGCUUUCACUAAGUUAUUUGAUUUAUGCGAUACCGUAUUCUUUGUGUUGAGAAAAAAGUCAAAUCAAAUCACUUUUCUUCACGUUUACCAUCACUUUAUGGUGUACGCCACAUACAGUGUGACAAUGGGUGAUAUGAGCGCAUAUCCUGUAGGAGUGAAAUGGUUGGGAGCUUUACAACCAUUUAUAUUCUUUUAUAUGUUUUUUAAAUUUUAUAUCAAAUCCUAUAAAAAUAGAAUAAUGCAUAAUCUCAAUGGUCAUGUCAAUAAAUAA